AUCGGUCACACCGGCAGUUAUUUUGAAACCGGCAAAAUACGAAGACGUGAGCGCGGACGGUCGGCGGGUACUUUUGCCGGCUAACACACCUUUCGAACGACGCGUAACUCGUAACGGUGGCCGGGCCAUAAAAUCGCCACAACCACGGGCAAUUCGAGUGCGACGUGCUAAUUAUGCAGGCUGAGAACUAGCCGAAAGAUUAGGGAGAAUUAAACAGGGGGCCCUAAUAAACCAGUUGGAUCAAACUAGUUUGUGAGUGCGUGUGAAAAGGCCGAGGAAUUUGGCCCAAAGUAGUAGACAAUAGCUAGGAGGCUGCGACUGCGACGGCGACUGCGGAGGAUUCAAGUCCAGAAGUUGUUCGACCAGUUUUCGGGCCCCUGUGUGCGUGUGUGUUGGGUUACUUGGAUUAGUUGGAUAACCUUUUUGCUCGAGGUGCCUGCCAAGCGGAGCGAAUGAGGAGGAGCAGCUAGUGGCCACCAGAUAGAGAGAGAGACAGGAUGCCCUUCGUCCAGCGGGUGGUCCAGCCCGUCAAUGUGGCGCAGGCCACGGCGGCCAGCUUGGGCCACGCCUCCGGCCGAUUCCACUGCACGCCCGGCAAGUGCCGGAACAACAACUGCAUCAACAAGCAGUCGCCGGAUGGGGAUGGCGUCUCCAGCCCACUACCAAACGGCCAUGGCUCACCCACAUCGCUGACAAGGGUAAUGGUUCACCAGCCGCCAUCAGAGGACCAGCCCGUGCCCCCCGCUCCGGCGCCCAUGAAGAAGCUGAAGCACCACGUCGAGUUCCUGUCCACCUCGCCCACUCGCCAUCAGUCGCAAUCCCUGCCCAAUUCGCGGCAUCCCAGCCAGCAGAGGCCGGCGCUGGCCAGGAUCGCCAGUGCCCCCCAGUCGCCCACCGCCGGCUCCUCGAAGGUCAUCUCCGGCCACGAGUUCGACUCCAUCAGCAACAUCACGCUGAGCAACGCCCUCCGGCAGCUGGCCAGCUUGGUCCUCAUAGCCAGCGACAUCUUCGACGACCUGCAGCGGGAUCUGCAGGCGGUGGGCGAGCGGGCGGGCCGGGUGCAGCGGAAGAUUGCCGCCGUGGAGCGCCGCGUCUGUGCCUACGAUCCGAAAACGGUCACAGUUCCUGAAAGCGACCUGCUCACCUUCGCACAGCGCAAGCAGCACUUCGAGACGGACAAGUCAUUCCAGCAGGAGCUCUUCACCGGCGACACCCGGCCACUGAGCGUCCGCCAGCUGUACACGGAGGCUGGCAAGGAGCUGCCGGUGGCCAGUGGAGCCACUGCCUCGGCCCUCGCCUCCUUGGCCCACUCGCAGUCGCUCAUCCCGUCCCGCUCCAUCUCCUUCAACGGCGAGGUGCUGUCCAGCGAUCACGAAGUCCUGCCGCUAAAUGGAUCCGCCGGCACGGAGGAUCAUCUGCUGUGCGUGUCGGACUUUGGCAAUGCCAAUCGCAAGCUGCGCACGCGCAUCGAUGCCGAGAUCGAAAUCCGUUUGCCCGCUGCCAUCGAGGAUCUGCGGAAGUGGACAUCCAGCGAGGCGCUGGGUGAUGUCACCGUCACGCCGGAUUGCAUGCACCACGUGGACACGUCGGUGAGCACCUCCAUGGUCAUCGGCGAGAACGGCAUCCUGACCCCGGCCCUGUCUCCGUCCGUCCUCUCCGCCGACGCCGUCGACGCCCUCUACGCCCAGAAUCUGAGCCAGGCGGCGGACAGCUCGCGGCACAACCACCAUCAGCAGGCCCUCAUCCCGAACGACAUUAACAAAGAUGUGCCUUUGAACCAUCGCUUGCCUUCACCCGAGGAACAAACCAAACAGAUUGCCUUAAAAUACCCUGCCGAAGUGAUUUCGGUGAACACCAGCGGGAAGCACUUCCAGCGGAUGUGUGCGGCGCGGAAGUCGACCAGCGGAGGAUACGCAGGUGGAGCCACUGCCGGGUCCUCGAGCAGCACAUCGCCGGAGAACGCCGGGCCCACGGAGGGCAACAACCUGGACGACAAUGUGCAGACGGUCAGCCGGAGGUCAAGAUCGCGGAAGGUGCGCGGAAAGCGACGGAACACGAUAGCCGGCAUCGACCAGAAGGAGAUCCAGGACGCGGCCAAUGGCAAUGGGGAGUCCAAGAAUGCUUCGAAUGCCACCUCGCCGGUGGCCGUCGCCCACCAGUCGGAGUCCUCCUCCGCGGCGGCGGAGGCCAAGAAGUCCAGCAAGAAGUUCGGACGCAGCAAGUCCAGCGACAUCUUAAAAAAGGAAUCUGCUGCCUUGCCCUACGACAAGGGCAAGAGCACCCUCACCCGGCUGAACUCCCUCAAGCAGUGGGGCCGCAACCGCUUCAAGUUCAUGCACCGCGCCGGCGAGCCACUGGGCGACCAGCUGGACACCAGUGGCUGCAGCUCCCAGAACAGCUCCGCCGCCGAGAAGGCCGAGCAGGGCAGCCACCAUGGUUCGCCGGCGGGCGAUCCUGGCAAGCGGGACAUCGAUGACGAGUGCGUGGUGCAUCACCUGGUGGCCCAAAAGAGUGAAUCUCGGUUUUCGCACGAACGAAAGCCCUCGUAUUCCUCCUCGGAGAAGAGCAUGAGUGUGUCCAGCAGUGGCCAGCUCAGGGGCAGGCUGCAGCUAAACUCCGGAUCAGGGCCACUGGGAGCGGCCGCUCAUGUCAAGAUGCGGGAAACAGCCACACUGAACCGGCAGCGCCGGAAUGGCCUGCAUGCUCUGGCCGGCAAGGAGGAGCAGCCCCAUUCCUCGAGCGGCAACUGGAGUGCCAGCUCGGAGUCGGGACGCGCCUCCAUUGGCAGUGAGAUCACCAUGCAGCCCAAGUCAAGUGCCUCGAGCACGUCGCUGAACUUGUCCAGCUUCCAGCCGGGCGGAGCGGGCAGUGGACCACCCUCGUCCAUGCUGAGCAGGCGGCGUUUCCUGAACACCUCUGCCUCCAGCAGUGUGACCAGUGAGGGCACUGCCACCCCAGAGCUCCAGGCGGAGGCGGGUGCCUAUCCGGGGCACCUGGAUGAUGAGACCAGUUCCGCCUACAGCUGCGACACCGAGGGCUACUACACCUCCUUCCACAUGGACAGUGGAUUAAGGACUCUCAAGGAGGAGGAGCCCUCGCCCAUGCCGGGCACUACGCUCCAGACAAGCCUGCACACUAGCAGCUACUCCUUUGGCAGCCAGUCCAACCAGACGGUGCUCAAUGCGGAGAGCGAGUACGAACUGUUUGGUCGCGGAUCCACCUCCACCACGACCAGCUCGGCGGGCACCGUCUGCACAGCCCUGAUGAGUGGAACCGCCUCUGGGCCGGAUGUGCCCGAGCGGAGCAGCUCGCUGGGCAAGCACAGUGGACAGAGCAGGAGCCAGAGCACCAGUGCCAGCAGCAGCACGCUGGAGAGGAGCUACAGCAGCAGCACCAUUGGCAGCACCCUGGAGCGGACGGGCACCAUCAAGAGGAAUGUGAAGGUGUCGCCGGCCAAGGGAGCAGGUAGUGGAGAGGUGCUGGAGAAGGAGGACCAGCAGGAGCAGCAGCAGCAGCUGGAGUUCUCCGAGAGCUCGGAUCUGGAGGGUGUGGAGCGCAUAGAGCGCAUCAAGCAGAAGACGGCCAUCAGCUCCAAGAGGAUUCCCUCCAUGUGCAUUAUCACACCCACCACCAGCGACGAUGACGAGCACCAGGCCAUGGAUCCCAACCGCACACUGACCAGCCUGACCAUCGAGGUGGACCAGGAGGACGAUCAAGAGGAGGACCAGGAGCAGAGGACGCCCACCAACAGCAGCAGCAAGGACCACAACCUCAACGAGCUUAAGCAGACGCCCACCAAGGCGCUCAGCGGGAUGUUCGAGAAACUAAGGGUUAAGCUGGUUCCGGGCAAAAGCUCGCCCUCGAAGAACCAGAACCAGAAUCAGAACCAGUUCCAGGCCAAGCCCGCCAAUGCAAGUGCGGUGAAUGACGACGAGCUUUACGACCUGGCCGGCGAGUACGUCACCAUAGCGGACAUCAGCAACAACAACAACAACCAGCUGAAUGGGCGUCGUAACACGGGAACGGGCAUGGGAAUCUACUAUUCCAAUGACAUAGUUUCCAAGAGGGUUGAACCCGCCGCGGCCGAGUACGUCUCGCUGAACGAGCUGCCCCAGCACUUGCGUCGGCAUGCCAGAGCCACUCCGCCUUCUAAUCCGACAGAGAGCGAGUCCUGCGCACAACAACAGCUGCCCGUCGAGCCGGCAGCUGCGACAUCGUCCGCGUCAUCAUCCCAACCACCCCUUCUCGACAGUAACAGCCGCAUGAAGAGCCAGGGCGGCGAGGGGGGUGUGCCCAUGUACGCGGAAAUCGGCGAGCUGAGCGAGGAGAAGCCACUCGCAUCGGCGAAUCGGAUGAAUCGACUGCGCCCGAACGCCGAGGGGAAACUGGUCUACGACUCCGACAGUCUGAAGCGGCGCAAGGGUGCACACACCACCUUCGCACCUGGGCCGUACGUGAAGGAAACCGAAAGUGCGCUCCACAGUGCAGAAAGUGCAGCGACGGCGGCCACAUCAGCGGAUCAUCAACAGUCAGGAUCACUAGGAGCCACCACCAAGAGCGCCAAGCUACUCCUCCUCAGCGGCGGCGGACUAAUCGCGGGCAAUCGCAAGGUGGCCAACGUGAGGCCCAUUGUGGCCAAAUCCCCGCUCAGCAGGAGCAACGCCGCCACCGCCAUGGCCACCUACCAGGCCAGCAGCUAUCAGGACCAGAAGCAACUUCUGGCCAACCGAACGAAUCCCUUCUACGAAACGAUUGCCGCUCCGGUGGCCAGUCUGAUGAUGCCCUCGCCAUCGGGCAAAUCGAACUCCUCGACGGGCUCCACGGCCACCAGUUCCUCCUCAUCGGCAUCGGCUCACUCCGGUGAAGAAGGGUAUCAACGUUUCUCUAAUAUCUAUGAGCAAGUGCAGCCAGCACCGAGCACCCAGCCACAGGAAGAUGCAACUGCCACGCCCUUCCAGCGCAACGCGCCCAUCUACUGGACGCUGCAGAGUCGCCGCAGCCAGCCAAGGCCACAGCCAGCUGCCAACGUGACCUGCCGGGAUGACCUCUAUGCCACGCCCAUUCGACGGGCCGACCGACUGCCCCGCCCAGUGGCUGCAGCUGGAGCUGCGAAUGCGUCUGCGGAGGCCAACAGGAGCAACAUAUCGCCAAUUGUGCCAAGGAAUCGAGCAGGAGCCUUCCUGACAUCCACGCCCACGAGGGGCGGAGAGGGGGAGCGCGAGCCGGAGAGCAACCAAGUUCCCCCCAUGAAGCAGCCAUCCCGCAACUGGAGCGACGACGCCCCCGAACGCCUCAACACCUGUGCCGAUCGCAUUGGCCAGAGCAAGACCACGCUGAUGGACUUCAAGAAGCUGCUGCUGGCCAAGUCCGCCAAGGCGAGUCCUGUCCAGCGGAAGGUAUCCGCCGUGGAGCUGCUAAAGAAGUCCACCCAAGCCACCCCAACUCCGCCCGCUUUGAAGACCAACGGAGCUGGAGCUGUAGCUGGGCAGAAUGUGACAUCGGCUGGCAGCAAACCCACAAUAAACAGCAGCCUCAAGCUGCUCGAUCUGAGUGGUUCACCCAAGACGUUUGCCAACCGUAGGAUGCUGCGCCAGGGUCAGUUUGGAUCGCCCUCCAAGACCUUCGCACCGAAGAUGCGCGGUCCUGUGAACAUGGUGGCUGCUGCAGCAGCACCACCACGAACGGACAUCAUGUCAACCACGAUUCUGGAGGCGAAUAGCGAAGAGGAUCACUCCAACACCAGCGGAGGAUCGCGGGCCAGUUCCGAGGCCGGCGAGACCGUGCCCUCCAGCUUCGACCUGAAGCGGAACUUCUUCCUGCAGACCGAGGAGAACAAUUUCAUGCGCGGGGAGCUGAAGCCCAGCUUUGCCAGGACAAAUGGAGCAGCUGCAGGAGCCGGAGGAGCUGGUGGAGCCAGUGCCGAAGGCAACAAGUACGUGGCUGCUCCGGUAGCGAAUCCUCCGCUACCCUCGUUUGAAACGGCGUUGUAGAGUGGGUCUAACCCACUGCUGUAGCCAGCGAUAAUACAUAUUCCAUAAGAAAGGAUCCCAUAAUCAGAUGAGCAAUUCCCUUCCGUAGCCAAGCCGGAACUGCAUUUAUUGACGGACGACGGAAACGAGUCAGAAGCGAUGCUACUUUAUGCAACAUAUACAUAUAUCACUAUAUAUACACAACACCUUUAUACAAUAAACUGUAUUUUUAAAAUUGUGCUGCUUGUAUAAACGGAGAUGUUUUAUACACGAAUACGAAUCGUCUAUACACCUACAAUAUAUUUAUUUGUAAUUUUACGUUAUUUAUUGCAAUUAUGUAUUACGCUACACGCAUUGCUCUUUGUUUUGUAGUACAACACUUGUACGCCUACGAACUGAUGAGAAUCGCUUACAAAUUAAACACAUUGGAUAACACACUUGAAAA